AUUAAAAAUAGUUUAUAAAACAAGGCUAUUGAAGCAACACAAGAGCACAGUGUAAGUUGAUCCAAUUCUGCACCAAAAAAAUGAUGAUGAUAGUGUUUGUGAUACUUAUCUACUUCAAUGGUCUCCUUGUUAGCUCUGAGAAUAACUACCUUCCCUUCCUAAACCCUACUAACUAUUUACCAAUAAGGAAUUGGGAUGAUUAUGCUAUUAAUGUGUCCUUACCUUCACCAUUGCAGUUUGGAUUAUCAUGCUAUAGAGAUGCAUGGGUAAGUACUAAUGGAUUGAUUAGCUUGAGAACUAAAUAUACUGACUACCGUCCAAAUCUCUUCCUCAUUACUAUCCCAAUCAUUGCUCCAUAUUGGGAUGACAAUGACUUAGGUGGUGAGAGAGGUGAAGUACGUUAUGCUGUUAUAACUCCAACAACAAAUCCUUCAUUGUGUAAUCAAGUCAAUGAUUACUUAUCUACUUCAACUGGUAGUAGUGUAUCUGUUGAAUGGAUACUGUGGGCCUACUGGUAUGAUGUAUGUCCACAUGGUAAUACUGACUGCGACAAUAUUCAGUCUAAUCAUUAUCAAGUUGUAUUAGCUUUUCAAAGUAAUGCCACAUAUGCUGUGUUUAUAUAUAAGUGUGGACUCAUAAAUUGGACAAGGAAUGAUGCUGGUGUUGGUAUCAAUAGUGGUGAUGGGUAUUACAUCAAUCAUCCAUUAUCACUUACUAAUAAUGUUAACAACAUAGACUGCUAUGAUGUAGUAUCAGGAUGGGCUAAUAUUGUAUACAGGCUUGAUCAAGUUAUAGAUAAGUUCGAGUUCUUAUCCAUUACACCUCACAGUAUCAUUGUGUCAUGGGAAAUGAAUAUUCCUAAUAAUAACAGUAUACUUAUUCUGAGUAUCACUGAUUCUUAUCAAACAGUUAACAAUAUUAUUAAUGUUACUGAAUAUAAUAAUAAGUAUAAUUACACCGAAGAUCUGUCUCUUUGUAAUGUAUAUACAUUCAAACUAGAACUGUUUAACUCAAGCUGCAAUGACAGCUUUAAAGUCAUAUCUACAGCAUUGACACCAAAACCUGAGAAUGUAUCUGCAUUAUACUUUAAAAAUGAAACUUUAGUAAUAAGAUUUCAAAUACACCAGUGCUUUAAUAAUGACAUACAGUUACUUCUAGCUGGAGCUAAUAGUUUUAACACAACAGAUCCAAUGGAUAUUGAUAGUCUUCAAUAUAUUGAUGAGUUUUAUAUAGUACACUGGAAUAUAAAACUGAACAGAAACUCAUUGUAUUACCUAACAGUAUCAGCAAUUGGUACAUAUGGAACCAGCAGCUCUGAUUUAACAGAAAUAAGCAGAUAUAAUGUAAAGGAUAUAAUGAUAAAGAGGAGUGAGGGUAUUGUCUGUUUUGUUUGUGUUACUGAAAUGUUUAAUGAAUGCCAAGUAAUGAUAGCAUCAGUAGCAACAACACUGAUACCACAAUCAACACAAACUAAUGGAACAUGUUAUUCAUUUACUGAUAAUGGAACAUACACUGUAUAUGCACAUGAUAUUGAGAAUGGACUAAUAAUACUGACACCAGCAGUAGUUAUACAAUAUACAGUGGACUGGAUUGAACCAUCAGACACAGAAAACACAGUUGAUGGAUCUGAAUCAUCAGGUAAAGUCUCAAUAGGUCAAUCACUGAUCAUUAAUAUAGUACUUGGAAGCCUCCUUGGGCUAACAACAUGUGCUGUUUUCAUACUGAUAGUAAUAAUAAUACUCAAGAAAAGAGGUAAAACAAGGUCUGAAAACUUCAUGCAGCCUCGCACUCAACAAGAGACUGUUGAAAUUCCUGUUACCAUUAAAGAGAAUCCAUUUUACGAAAUGAUGAGCGAUGAAGUACCAAACACUACCAACAACUACUACUCUACCAGUACUAGCAGCAAUGUUGAUAUGAUUUAUGAGAUCCCGGAAACAGGACCACAAGUCUCAUCCCAUCCAUAUAGAGUUGGAUACUACUGACUGAUGCUUUAUAUACUUAUAUAACAUAAAUACAUGCAGUUUAGAGUAUGUCAAAUGUCUAGGUAUAAAGUUUAAACUCAUUUAUUUUUCUUUCA